AUGAGUUCAUCUUCUUCAUCUUCCAAAAUUAGAUACAGGAUGAUACCGACGAAAGAUGACGGAUUAAGUGCGGCGGUAGGGAGAGUGGACGAAGAAUCCGAAGAGGUGAUACAAGAAGAAAGCGUCACGGUUUUCGAUAGCAAAUGGAGAUAUAUCACGGAAUUUCUUCCUCAAUGGAGAAGUGUUUUUGACCGGGAAACCUAUCCCGGUUCCCUUCUCUUCAACACGGGAGCUUUCAUCCUUCCAGCUCUUUACUCUACCCUCAGCAAACUAUGGGUGGCCAACAUCGAUUCUACCCAAGUAGCAACCACAGAUGUAUACACCUACAUCGGUGUGAUAGUAGAGGUACUCAACGAAGGGCUCCCCCGAGCCGUCUGGGUUAUCAUAGCUGAUGAAUCAAAUCGAAGUCUCCGUUCCCGAUUAACACUUACCUAUACCCUCAUUUCCUUCCAAAUUCUAUUCGGUACUCUACUCAUGAUAAUUUUCCUCGCAAGUGCUGAACAUCUCGCCGCGGCUUUCGUACCUGAGAUUGUGAGAAAAGCUAGUCUUACAUAUGUGAGAAUCUCAUCAGUACAAGCAUUAUCCAGUGCAAUGAGCACUGCGGUUGCAAAUUCAACACGAGCGUUGGAUCACCCGGAUGUACCGCUGCUGAUCAGUUCGGUACAGUUUGCGGUGAAUAUUUUGUUGGACUUGCUUAUCAUUUCGAAGUUCCAUGUAGGCUCUUUUACACCUACAGUUAAUACACAGGCAUUGAUCAGAAUGACAUGUGAUCUUGCUUCUGCAGGAUGUGGCUUGCUAUAUUUUAUUUAUCUUGCUUUGAAGAUGCAACGGUCUACUCCUUCACCUCCCAUUAUACGCGAAUCCACAUCUUUAUCGGCGUCUCCAUCGGGGUCGCCAUCACCAUCCGAGUCAGGAAACGCAACUGAGUCAAAACCCAGAAUCACCAUUUUAGCACUCAAAACACUUUUUAAGCCAGGAAAAUGGACAUUCCUCGAAUCCGCUCUCCGCAAUGCGAUUUAUCUAUGGCUCAUCCAUGGAAUUGUAUCUAUGGGUCUUGAUUAUGCUACUGCAUGGGGUGUAUUCAAUAAUAUCCGAUGGGGUAUUGUUAUGGUUCCUGUGAACGCAUUGCAGGCAUCUACAUCAACGUUUGUGGGCCAUGCAUGGGGUUCUUGGAGAAAGGGUGUUGGAAUUGAGACCAGGAAGCCGAGAGCUGAGAAGGGGGAUAUUCUAAGAAUUGUCCACUACGCUCUAGUAUCUAGUGUCAUUGCGCUUCUCAUCGAAAGUCUAUUCUGUAUCUUCCUCUCCCUCUGGGGCAUCCGCAAGUUUUCCUUCUACCUGUCCGAAUCUGCAGCUGUAGCAAAAAUCACAGAACACAUGUGGAGGACUAUUGACUGGUGCUAUAUUUUCUACGCUGUCACUACACAACUUGCCGCUAUUCUUCUGGCUACCGUCCCGAAACUUUAUUUUGUGCAAAGUCUGGGAAGUAAUUUAUUGUGGAUGUUACCCUGGGCGAUUGCGGUAAGUAAAAUUCAUAUGACGAGCGAGAAUGCGUGGAUGUAUGAUGGGAUUAUUUUUGGAGGAGCGCUGGUUUUUGAUUUUUUGAAUGUGGGAGUUGUACUUGGGGCGUGGUAUUGGGGAUUGAGGAGGGGAAGAUUGGUGGUGGGUUACUCAGAGAUCCCUUGUCAAAUCUGUGGUGUUAGCUUUAAUAUAGGACGAGAUCGGACUGUUGAUGAAAUCGAUGACAAAAGUGCUUCCUGGUAUAAUCCGGAUGGGGGGUAUGAGGCGGGGGACAAAAAUUGCGGUACCGAGUAUGGAUGUUUGUUCUAUUGGACAGCAUCGAUUCCAGAACAAAAUGGAGAGCUCAAUAUGCAAAACAAUCUACCUUUCUACGAAGAUAACACGCCCUUGGUUGAGGAUAAUAGUUUACCGUAUUCUUAUGAAAGUGCAUCGGAUGAUGAACCUUUGGAGUAUGAUUCAGAUGCGGAUGAGAGCUCCUUCAAAGACCAUGUUUCGGAAGCAUCUUCAGCGCUGGAAGAUCGUCAAGACACCCAAAUAGGUAAUGAGAUGGAAAUAGAUGACUACGACGGUGAUUGCAGUUUCGAAUCAGAUGAGGAAAUAAAGCUAUAUCACGAAUGGUUAUCGGGGUUUGAUCAACACAAGUUGCUAAAUCCUCCAAAAGUCGAGAAGAUCAUGAUGACUGAUGAAGAAGCACGAAGUGUGCAGUGGGAAAAUAAAUUUACACAUCUGCCAGGUCCCAAAUGCUCAGGAAGCAAGGCAUACAAUGGCAAUUUCAUCACUGCUCAAGAAAUGAGAGGGUGUACCACGGUGCAAUGUCUCGUUUACAAAGAUAGAAACUGGAGCCCUAGCCCUGAUGAUGAAGAUUUCGAACUCGAGGGGGAUAUCUUUCUCUCCGGUCUUGGUGAUCAUGUACCUUCACGGGACAUGAGUUACGUGGUAUUAACGCCAGCCCGUCAUGGACUCGCCGAUGAUGUACUCGCAGAUACAAUAAUUUGGCAGGUGCCUCCAAAUACCCGGGAAGUAGCAAUGCCAUUCCAUCCAACUUGUCUCGAGGUCUAUAAACAUGCAUCACGGCUUAAUUUCAAUCAGACUUCUAUUCAAGAUCUAAUGAAGUGGCGCGAUAAGGAGUCCUGCUACAAAUAUGACACUGACUUUCCUCGCGAUCGCGCUGUACGUCACUGCAGUGAACAAUGGUGGAGCCAUAGUCCCGGCACGGAAUGGCUCGCCGCAAAUCCUGUCUUCAUACCAGCGUUACCCUCUAUAUUCCAAUCAGCAACAACCACAAAUCCACAUUUAUCCCUCAGCUCGCCAGCCUUCCCUACUCGUCCUUCGAAACCUCACCCUCGAAGAUCCUCGCGUAAUAAUUCUCCCGAUCCAUUCCUCAAGCUGUCGCAAGAACUUCAAGAUGAGAUUAUAUCGUAUCUUCCGUCCAAAGAUGUUGCCUCCAUUCGUCUCGUAUCUAGGGCUUUUAGUCAAUUUUCUCAGGGGUUCUUCUAUAAACUUAUUGUUUCUGAAAUGCCUUGGUUGUGGGAAAUAUACGAUUCCACACCUCCAUCUUUCUGGGCUACAGUUUCUGGGGCGGACCUCGAGUCUCGUGAAAAAAGGCGAAAAGAGCAUAAUGAACAAUUAGUGGCAUUGCGUUCACUUAUUUGGGAAGAGCUUCCUGAGUUGUACGAUGAAUGGAAAGCUGCUGAGCCCGUGUUUGAUGAGAGUAUCGAUGGAGCGUUGAAGACGGGGUUUGAAGAUGGGAUUGAUACGAAGAAAUUGGACUGGUAUCAAUUGUAUUUGGGAAUUACUAAAGGUUUUAAGGAGGGAAGGUUGAAAGGGUUGCAAAACAGAGAGAGGAUUUGGAAGGAUGUGGAGGAGAUUAUAAGAAGAAUAAAGAAGUAUGAGGAAAUGGGAUGGCCUGGGUGGGUCGUCGCUGAGGGAGAUCAAUAA